GUCCGCCGGCCGCGACGUCAGGAGUUAUCUUGCGGAAACGGUUUCUUUUCAGCGGCUACGGGGGUCCAGCGGGGCAGCGUGUAUAGUAUCUACUGUUAUUGCGAGGCUGAACCGUUGAAUAUCUCGGAUUGUGAUAUUGUUCCUCGUGAAAGCUGUGAAUGUAGUGUUGAAUGAAUCUCGCGCUCUCAGGUGUGCGUGCUACGAACUAAACGCAGCUCCGGUGUUUCUGCGCUAGCUGCCAACGGGACGUGCUGUGGAAGUGGAGAGCUUACGGCGGACUUCUUCGCCCCUGGCUGAUUCCGAUGACUUCUGAGAGCAAAUUAUAACUUUUCUUGGAGGAGCUGCCACAUAACCUUCAGCAACCCCAGCCGUGUGUGUGUGUGAACCCGGCUGGCUCUAGGACCAUGAUGCCCUCUGUGCCGUGUGUUGUCUGGCCGCUGCUGCUGCUGGCCACGGUGGCGCUGGCGUUGGCAUCGGCUGACGAGUCACAGGCCGCCCCUCGCGUCCUCCUGUCCUUCAAAGAGCUCCACUCCACUGGAACCAGCCACCAUUUCUCGUACCUGCUGAACACGACGGCGUUCCGUAUCCUGCGGAUGGACGAGGACUACGACCGCAUGUACGUGGGCAGCAAGGACUACAUCCUGUCCCUCGACCUACGCGACAUCAACCGAGAGCCGCGCAUCAUCCACUGGCCAGUGAGCCAGCAGAGGAAGACUGAGUGUGUCCUCAGCGGCAAGGACGUCAACGGGGAGUGCGGGAACUUCAUCCGAUUGAUAGAACCGUGGAACCGGACACACCUCUACAUCUGCGGAACCGGAGCCUAUAAUCCAAUCUGCACCUACGUCAACCGAGGCCGCAAACUAGAGAGCUUUCGGCACCUGCAGCAGCCUCAGAUGCGAGGGAGGAGGAGCAGCCGGGCGGCUGACACCAGUGACAUGUUUGACCAAUCAGCACUGGAGGAGUAUAUUUUCCACCUGGAGCCUGGCAAGGAGGAUUCUGGGAAGGGGAAGUGCACCUAUGACCCAAAGCUGAAUAGCGUGUCUACUUUGAUUAACGGUGAGCUGUAUGCAGGUGUGUAUGUGGACUUCAUGGGGACGGACUCGGCCAUCUUCCGUACGCUGGGAACACACACUGCCAUGAGGACAGACCAGUACAACUCCCGAUGGCUCAACGAUCCCACGUUCGUUGGCGUGCAGCUGAUCCCAGACAGUGCGGAGAGGAACGACGAUAAGCUCUACUUCUUCUUCCGCGAGAAGGCCUCAGAGCUGGGACAGAGCACCAAGACCCACGCCAGGAUCGGACGCAUAUGCCUGAAUGAUGACGGUGGUCACUGUUGCCUGGUGAAUAAGUGGAGCUCGUUCCUGAAGGCUCGGCUCGUCUGCUCCGUCCCAGGGGCUGAUGGGGUUGAGACACACUUCGAUGAGCUCCGAGAUGUGUACAUCCAGCCUACACAAGACACCAAAAACCCGGUCAUAUAUGCAGUGUUCUCUGUGUCAGGGUCGGUGUUUAAGGGCUCGGCCGUGUGUGUGUACUCCAUGUCGGAUAUCCGCAUGGUCUUCAACGGCCCCUUCGCCCACAAGGAGGGACCCAACUACCAGUGGGUACCGUACACUGGCAAGAUCCCCUACCCACGCCCUGGCACGUGUCCAGGCGGCACGUUCACGCCGAACAUGAGGUCCACUAAGGACUACCCUGACGAGGUCAUCAACUUCAUGCGCACGCACGCGUCCAUGUUCAACGCCGUGUCCCCGGUGCAUCAGCACCCCCUGGUGGUGCGCUCCGGCGUGGACUACGAGUUCACCACCAUCGCCGUGGACCAGGUGACCGCCGCCGACGGGACAUACCAGGUGCUCUUCCUGGGGACAGACAGAGGGACGGUCCAAAAGGUGAUCGUUUUGCCCCGAGAUGACCUGCAGACAGAGGAGCUGGUCCUGGAGGAAGUGGAGGUCUUUAAGGUCCCAUCUCCAGUGACGACCAUGAAGAUCUCAUCGAAAAGGCAACAGCUGUACGUGGCGUCGGCGGCGGGCGUGAGCCAGCUGGCACUGCAGCGCUGCGACGUGUACGGAGAGGAGUGUGCCGACUGCUGCCUGGCACGAGACCCCUACUGCGCCUGGGACGGCAACACCUGCUCACGCUACUCCCACUCGCUAAAGAGACGCAGCCGACGUCAGGAUGUGAAGUACGGCAACCCGAUGCGGCAGUGCCGCGGCUUCAACUCCAACGCCAAUAGGAACGCGGUGGAGGCGGUGCAGUAUGCGGUGGAGGGCAGCAGCACCUUCCUGGAGUGCCAGGCGCGCUCACCACAGGCCGCCAUCAGGUGGCACCAUCACCGUGGUAGCAGUGACCGCAGGAAGGAGGUGCGGUUCGAUGGGCGAGUGCUGCGUCUGGAGCAGGGCUUGUUGCUGCGCUCGCUGCAGGUGUCGGACUCGGGGCUGUACCUGUGCAGCGCCACCGAGAACAACUUCAAGCACGUGCUGGCGCGGCUGCAGCUGGUGGUGCUGGCCAGUGGGGCGGUGAGCGCCGCCCUGGUGGAGAGCGGCCAGACUGCGCCCCCCCUGCAGCCCAGCGCCGGCCAGUACCGCGACCUGCUGACCAUCCUGAGCCAGCCCGAGAUCGGCCUCAUCAACCAGUACUGCCAGGACUACUGGUCGCUAGGAGACCCGCAGGUGGACGGAGCCAGGGCGGAGCUGGGGGAGCAGAGGAAACCCAGGAGUCGGCGACAUCAUCACGGGGGGGCGGGGCCUCACCACCGCACACACACACACGGGGAGGAGACGCACCAUCACCACCCGCAUCACAACUCAGGAGCGGCAGAGUCCGAUGAUGGACAGCAGGCUGAGGAGUCAUGAGAACUUCAGCUGAGAAAGACUCCAGUUACCCACCAAUCCCAAACAAACAAACAAACAAACAAACAGACAAACAAACAACAUAGAGCUCCACCCAGCACUCUCAUGCUCAGUAUUUAUUGUCGGCUGUAUAUAGUACCAUUUGGUGAGAUUCUUUCUACCACAGUAGAGCCUGUUUGUGUAUAAGUGUCAUAUGGGUCAAAUAUUGUUAUUAUUUUUAGCACUGUUGUAAGAGAUCAAACAGUCAUGGUAUUUUGUAUAAAGUCUCUGUUGACGUAAAGUCUUGUGAAGUGAAUAAACAUCAGCCGAGAAAUGUAAGGGAAGCAUGAAUUUGGUAGGAGGAGUAUCUCAGAACACUGCUCCAGAACAUCAUGUCAGAACACUGUGGACUGGAACGUCAUGUUAGAACACAGAACACUGUGGACUGGAACAUCAUGUCAGAACACAGAACACAGCACCAGAACACUGUGGACUGGAGCAUCAUGUCAGAACACAGAACACUGCUCCAGAACACUGUGGACUGGAGCAUCAUGUCAGAACACAGAACACAGCACCAGAACACUGUGGACUGGAGCAUCAUGUCAGAACACUGCUCCAGAGCACCAACUGUAACCCACCCUGCUCUGAUCAUCCUACUGUGGAACCCUGUAAGCAGCCCUCACCACGGGCCUGACACGACAUGACAUCAGUUCCUUAGCCUCCAUUGUUCCCAUAUUAGCACAACCGCACACACCAGCACUGACCUCUUUCACCGCCACCUCGUAAAUACCAUUCUCUUCUAUUUUGGUUUGCGCCACUCCAUCCAAUCCAUUGUUUAUGGAAUGCAGAUCAAUUGAAGAUUUCGACACGAAGAUUUCAGGGCAAAUGGCCGUUCCACUUAAAACGUGCUGGCGGCAGUGUGCACCUCUCUUCACAGUAGACCUUAAAUUCUCCUCCAUGUAACUGGUAUGUAUAGAACUCUGGAAUGAAGAACUCCAGUGGAAUCAUGCAAUAGAUUCCCUCCAGUAAACCGUUAUGGCGUGGACACAUUACACGAUUUCAGCCCGAUUUUGGCCCGAAUUUGUCGUGACCGACAAGUUUACAGCAUCGUAACCGAUUUCAAAUGGUCGGGCACGACAUCGAACGCGGAGUGAAUCUUAUAAUGUGACAUGCUUCACGACUUGCAAUUUGUCGUUCACGACGUUCUAAAACAGCCCGACAAAAAGUCUGGCUUGUCAGAAAUUUGACGGGAGUCGUAUGACGCGACCGACACUUUCGGUGUAUGUGGCCACUCUACCGACCAAGACGCGGAGAGGUUUUCAUGGUUCUAAAAUCGUAUAGUGUGACAUGUUAGAUCGUAAACGACAAUCGUGAACGACAAAAAAAUCGUAUAGUCUGACCAGGCCAUUAGAGCUCCUCCUGUAGAGGUUCUGUGGACUAGCCCAAAGGCUUGUGCAUAUUAGUGUGUGUCUGUCUUUGCCUGUGCAGCUUUUCUAAUGUCAUCUUUUGCUUCUGUGCACGGUCGCUGAUGUUUGGGCCUAUUCUGAGGUGCAUCUUUACUAGGAAGACAUUGCUCCUACAUGUGUACUCUAUAGUCAUCAGAUGUUUGGGCCUAUUCUGAGGUGCACCUGUACUAGGAAGACAUUGCUCCUACAUGUGUACUUUAUAGUCAUCAGAUGUUUGGGCCUAUUCUGAGGUGCAUCUUUACUAGGAAGACAUCGCUCCUACAUGUGUAGUAGUCUUCAGAUGUCGUCAUCCACAGACAGGGCUGCUACCAUCACUUCCAUCUGGAAACCUGUGGAAAAGUGUUCGCUGUAAAACCAUUAGGGCUCAAUUUAGACUAGUCUAGUCACUCCUCAUGGCUUCCUGAAAAGAGCAACACUGCGCCUUUGGAAAACAGAAAUGGUGUGUUUGUGUGCAGUGGAAGGCCAGUAGCUUGUUUUUUUUUUUUUUUAUCAUGUCAGAACAGAUCAUUUAUUCCAGAAGGACAAAUACAGUAAAUACUACAUUACCCAUAAAUCAUUCCAAAACAGGCUGUGGACUGCAAUGAUAAUAGGUGAUUUGGUUACACUUUACUUGAAGGUAUCUACAUACUGUAAGUGACAUGACACUGUCAAGAAUGUGUCAUAAACAUUAUAAAGAAUUCAUAAGCGUUUAUUGUGUCGUUCUGUGUUUGUCAUGACAGGUCAAGGUUAGGGUUCAUGUGUCAUGACGGGUCAA